AUGGAUCACGUGACUUCGAUAUCGCCUUUCAUGCUGGAAUUGCCCCAGACGAAUCAAACACAAUGCUUCUUGAAGGCGUGUCAUCCCCAAAGGCAGCUCGCAUACGAUCCGCACUCUGCUGCUGCUGCUGCUGCUGCUGCUGCUGCUGCUGCUGCUGCUGCUUUAAACCGCAUUUGUAGUCCUAGAAAACCAUCAUCCUCCAGUCAAAUGAGCUGA